AAAUGCCAGUUAAUGAUGUCACACGAAAAUAGAAAGCCAGGCAGGACAGUAACUGACCCGCCUUCUAUCCUCGUGUGUGAUAGGGCAGCCGAGAAGCUUCUGUGCUGUCCGGUGCUUACCAAAGCGCAUACUCUACAAACCCGCUACUGGACUAUUCUAUUACUAUUUAUACUAUGGAUUGAUGGUUCUCCGCUUACGAGAGAAUGGCUUUGCGUAUAAUGUAUAAUAUUAAAAUCUAGUAAGAGUUGAAAUGGAAUAGUGAGUUGCAGGGUAUUCUCCAACAGUAAGAGCAUAUUCUAAUUCAAUUGCACUAACAGCGGGAGCUGCUGCCUAGUAAAGGGACUGGAUUGGAAAGGUUUUUUGUUCUUUGAUCCAUUCCCUUGCGCUUGAACUAAGGGGAUUGAUGUCACUAGGCUUAAUGGAAUAGGUUCCAAAGGCUAUCUAGAGUCGAGUAAGUCCUAAAGGAUAUCGCAUAGCAAGCCUCCCUUGAAGGUUACGAUCCUAUUUCUGAGGGAAUGAUUUUUGCACAAGAAAGUAAUACAGAAGACAUCUUAGGAAGGGCGGCUAUGUAGCAGUAUUUUUCCUUUCUUACUGCAAUCAGAAGUGGGACUAUUUCUCGAAGGAGAUGGGGGACGUCUCAUCCGAGGGAAUCAAACUCCCCUUGGGAGUCCUUUCCAUCGGUCCCUUAUGACCCGCCACCCUUACCAGCAGGCUCAGUUCCGUCUGUCCCGUCGUUACCAUCCAUUGGCAGUGAUUAUGAGGUGGAGCAGCCGGCUCCCAUACAAGCACCAGUGGAUGACACGAUGGAAGCUGACAAUAAACCCCAUGGUUAUUGGGCUAUUCGCCGAAUAAUCAUGGAUUACUUGAAAUCCGAUAUGGACACGCUCUUUGACCGACCCCCUUCUUACAGUAAAUAUCGUCGGGUCUUCGAGCUGGUAGUUGGACCCAAUUGGAAGAGUAAAGCUAGACUCGUUGAGGUAUUGGCGGAUAUAGCCAACAACCCGGCAAAUAAUCCUGUAAAAGAAAGGUCGCGUCAAAUAAUGAACGACAUCUUCGAGCGGCAAAUCAAGGAACGAGAUCUUGACAGCUAUGAAUUUGAAGAAUGAUAAUGUGGGAUUUGUUGUCUUUGGUAGUUAUUUUUUAGUUCACGGCAUAUAUAUUUGGGUAUCCCCGGGAUUCGGGACCCACCCAUGAAGUCAUCGGGGAGCUAAAUCAUUCAUUUCGUUUUUAUGUCUUAUACCGUUGCAGCUAAAAUAACGCAGGGAAUCAAUAGGCCAGCCCCGACUCCCGGUGUUCGAACAAGUCAUUAAUGGUCGGCUUCAUUGGUACCCUUUUCUUUUUUCGGUAUGCCGCUCCGCGAGCAAGGAGCGAAAGAACCAAGUGGGCUGUGGUCAUGUCAGAAUUUGCACCUAUUUGUAUCUCUUUAGUGAUCAGUCUGCUAGUUUCUUUGAUCCCACUCGGUGUUCCUUUUCCCUUUGCUUCCAAUAGUUGGACCUAUCCAGAAAAAUUGUCGGCCUACGAAUGUGGUUUCGAUCCUUUCGGUGAUGCCAGAAGUCGUUUCGAUAUACGAUUUUAUCUUGUUUCAAUUUUAUUUAUUAUUCCUGAUCCGGAAGUCACCUUUUCCUUUCCUUGGGCAGUACCUCCCAACAAGAUUGAUCCGUUUGGAUCUUGGUCUAUGAUGGCCUUUUUAUUGAUUUUGACGAUUGGAUCUCUCUAUGAAUGGAAAAGGGGUGCUUCGGAUCGGGAGUAA